UUUUUAUUCUCGUCUCUUAAGUUUUUUCUCGCAUGAAAAGUUACUAUAAAUUGCAUGCAGAAUUUGAGUCCUAGGAGUACUCUCCUUACUAUACUACCCACUCCAACCUUCCACUUCCAUUCCCUCUUCCCUUCCCUAAUCUUUCUCCUUUAUUCACUCACCUUAUAUAAAUCUUUUAAUUUCUUUUAUUCUCAUUCCUUAUAAAUACAAUAUAUAAUUUAAUUACUAAAUAAAAACCCUUAUUAUAAUAUCCUCAACUCAACCCUUAUCUUUCUCUCUAAACCCUUUUCUUCUCUUCUCUCUGUUUUGUUGCUAACAGUGCCGUCACCGUUGUUUCUUCAUUCAUAGGUAAACAGACACAAAAUCAAAACGAUGUCGAAUCGAUCCAAACCUGAUCCUGUCGACGAUUCUGGUUCGCCCUCAUCUUUUUCACCUCAAUCUUAUUUUCGUCGUUAUUUAUCGCUUAAUCAAAACCAAAACCAAAACCCUUUAAACGAUCAUAUUCGAAUGUUAUCUCAAAUUCAAAACCCCUCUAAUAUGAAUCAAACCCUAGAACAUGCUUUUUCUCGUCUUUCUGUUUCUAAUAAUAACAACUCUGGUUUCACUAAUAACCCUUCUUAUGGUUAUGAUUAUUCCAAUCUUUAUAACUAUGGAUUUCAAAACUCCAACUUUGGUCAAAUGCAAGAAACCGCAAUUGGGAAUAAUAGACAUGUUCGGAGUAAUAGCAUCGCUCACAAUGCAGAAAUUCAGAAUCUUUUGAUGAGGUACGAUAGAGAAAAUGUCAGGUUUAAUGAUUAUGAGUUUAUGGCCAGACAAAAUGGUUUUUUUAACACUCUUUCUAAUGGGGGUGUUGGCGAUGAAUUGCGACGAACCGUUCAUAGUGGUUCCAUGAAUGAAUCUUUAGGGAAUAAUGUUUCUUGGGUUAAUAAUAAUGUUAAUGUGAAUGGUAAUGGUAAUGGUAAUGGAAGGAGGAGCCCACAUUGGUUUGAUGAUUUUCGUGGGAGGGUUUAUUCAUUGGCUAAGGAUCAACAUGGAAGUAGAAUUUUGCAGGAAGUGAUUAAGAAAUUUGGAAGUGAAGGGGUUUCUUAUAUUUUCUCCGAGCUUGUUAAUCACGUCACUGAGCUGAUGAUAGAUCCAUUUGGUAACUAUGUUGUUCAGAAGAUGGUGGAAAUUUGCAAUGAAGAUCAACAGACUCGUAUUGUUCUAAUGGUUACAUACCAUAGUUUUCAGUUGAUCAGAAUUUGCCUUAGUCCUCAUGGAUCUCGUGCUGUUGAGAAACUAUUGGAGAAUGUUACCACCCGGGAGCAACGAACUCUAAUUAUGGCAGCUUUGAGUCCUGGUGCUAUUGCAUUGUCUAAGGAUAUCAAUGGUCAUCGUGUGGUUCUCCAUUGUUUGAAAAACUUCACACAUGAAGAUACUAAGCAAUUCCUGAAUGUGGUCGCAAGCAACUCUUUGGCGAUUGCAAGAGAUAAAACUGGAUGCUGUGUGCUGCAGCAUUGUGUUAACCAUGCUCAAGGAGAAACUAGAAAUCAGCUGAUUGAUGACAUUGUACUGAAUUCUUCACUAUUAGCAGAAGAUUGUUAUGGCAACUAUGUUGUUCAACAUCUAUUGUCUCUGAAAAUGCCGCGAAUCACAGACAACUUAGUCCGAGAGCUCGAACGACAAUUUGUAUAUCUUGCCUGCAAUAAGUAUGGGAGUAAUGUAGUGGAAAAGUUUAUUCAAGACUCAGGAGAACUGCAAUCUGCACGCGUCAUUUUGGAGUUGCUUGCCGAUCCAAAUGUUGCAAGGCUCCUUGUGGAUCCAUAUGGAAAUUAUGUCAUCCAAUCCGCACUGACGGCAUCUAAGGGUCCCAUUAGGAAUGCCAUACUGGACCUGAUCCAAAGAAAUUCUCAAAUGAUGCGCAACAAUGUGUAUGGCAAAAAGUUGCUUGAUAGGUUUGACAAGGGAAAAGUAAGGCAUAAUAUAUAAACAUGUGCUUGAUUACAAGGAGGAGUAACCCUUUUUAUGUAUCUCCUUUUGUCUAUGUUUCCAUUACUCUUAUUCCCUUAGUAGUAUUCAUGUCUUAGGCAGUUAUAAAAAAAAUUAAAAAAAAAGUAUGUCUUAGGAAGUAACCAAAAAAGAAAAAAAAAAUGAAAAUAUAAAAAAACCAAAAAAAAUAAUUGUUGUCUUAGGGGUAGUAAUCCAAAACAAAAAAAAAUGUCUUAGGCUAUGUUUGUUGUUUAUUAGUUUGUUUCAGUUUUUGUUUGUUUGUUUUGUUAUUGGCAAUGGAUGUAAGGUAAGGACCUCGGUUCUGGAACAGUUUAGAUUGGACUAGAGAGGACAAUGCUCAAGCUGUAUAGGUGUUAACUGCAUAUGUGAUCAUUGCAAUUGAAGCUGGAGUGGGUCUCACAAGUUCUAGAGAGCUGUAUUUUUUUUGUUUGUGAUUCUACUGUUAAUUGUUACUCUAUUGUGUGUCCAAUAAGAGAAUAAUGAGGAAUAAUUUAGUUGGUUUUUUGUUUCUUAAGUUUUAUGGA